GACGCGUGUGCUGUUUCGUAGUAAAAUUAAAACCAAGAUGGCGAGCAAGCCGAAUAAAGGCGGUCUUCAGCCGAAUGAGAGGAAGGUGGAAAAAAUUCACCACAAUGGCGCAGAGGAAGCUCCAGAAAUAAACUCGAAGCCGGGCGGCUCGGAAGCAAAGUUAAAAAAGAAGGAGAGAAAGUUAAGUAAACUAGAAAGCAUGGCGAGAACAUUGGAAGCAGAGAGAGCCGAAAAAGCAGAAAUCGCUGAGCAACUUAAAAAGUUACAAGCGGUAGUAGCUUCUUUGCAAGCGUCUAAGGAAACCAUUCCGUCGGAUGAAAAAGACGAAACAGAAGAAGCAAGUGUGGACUUCGAAGUUGUACCAAUUGCUUCAAGCACUCAGCGACCUGCUAAAUCGAUUGGAACCUUGGAUGAAUCACGAUUUCUGUCAUCCGUGAAUCAAUUAUCGAUUUCGUCAAUAACAGUUCCGGAAUGUAAGCCUCUCGCAGGAGACGAUGAGAUUCACAGACAUACCUUUGAGAUGUGGAAGGACCUACUCAUCGACUGUAUGGCUCUGGCUGGAAUAGAGGACGAAGCGACGAAGUUCACUGUUUUCAAGGUGAAAGCUGGACCUCGCUUGCUUACGAUAUUUAAGAACACGAUAUCAGACCCGGAAGCCCCGGAUGCCAAUGCGAAACCAUUUUUGAAUGCUCUUCAUCGACUCAAGCUAUACUUCGGAUCUAGCUCCGACGUGAUGUUCCAAAGACGGAAAUUGGCUUUGAUGGAGCAAAAGUCAGAUGAGUCUGAUUUAGCGUUUAUUACACGAGUUGGAGAAACGGCACAGCUAUGCGACUUUGAUAAGACAAAGGAAUUUGAGGAAAUUGUUAAGACAGUUGCAGAACAUGCGAAGAGUAAGGAGGUGAGAGUGGCAGCGUUGAAAAUGGUUAGCCGAAAUGGAACAUUCACAAACUUGGUGGACAAAGUUCGUGAGAUACAGGCAAUACGUAUGAACGAAGACUUUUUCGCCUUCAAGCACAGACAAAGCGAAUCUACUGCGGAAGUAGCAAUACUAGCUCCGGUGAAGGCUGAAUUUCGAAAUCCAUCAUCGUCACGAAGAAUCUACGAGCAGCGAGCGGACAAUCGAUAUCUACCUUACAAUAGGAACUAUCCACGUUACAACCAAAGGUUUCCUCAACAGACGGGAUGGCGUGGAAACAGGGCCGGGAUGAACAAUCGAAACAUGAACGAAAAUAAACGGUUGGACAGAUGCUGGAGAUGUUUCAGUUUUUUUCACCCCCCAUCGGAGUGUAAUGCUGCUAACCUUGUGUGCCGAAAAUGCGGGCAGGUAGGACACAUCCAACGCGCUUGCUUACCCGCUGGGAGUUCGAUUACCAAGCGGAAAACAAACCAAGACAUUUAUGAAACAGAAACGAAACAGGCGAAGAUAGAAGCAGUGGAAGAGAAAGAGGCCCCACCGAAGGCAACAGAACAAGUGAGUGAUGAAACAGAAUGUUGAAUUUUAUAAGUAACACGAUUAAUAAGUUUAGUGAGAUCAUUUAAAUAACUUGAACUCGAAUUAUUUCAUUUUAAGAGAACUUUAAUUUCUUUGUUUCUUUUCGCUGCAUUAUUUUUGUUAAAAUCUUCAUAA